AUGUCUUCGUCUUCUCUUGAGCAUGAUGUUGAAGACACAGCUACAGCUAAAGUUGUAGCUGAAGCUGAAGCUUUUAUGGAAGAUACGAGCGAAGGAAUUUUCAGGAAGAAUAGCUGCAAGGGAGUGAUCGGGAACGACAGAGCAGAGGGUUCAAACUCCAGUUCUGACGGAGAAACACGUGACAAAACUGAAGAUUUCUUCUCUGACUCUGAACCUGAAGUUCCAGAGCAAACUGUAGAAGAGGAAGAAGCCAGCUCUGCCAAGUCCUACUCUGAUUCUGAACUACCCGAGCAGAGCGAAGGAGAGGAGGAACUAGAUUCGCCAGCCAGCUCUGACUCGGAGCCUUCAGAGAAGUCAACGAGAGAGGACGCCAGCUCUGCCGAUACAGAGCACACGACAGCCACGGCAAAACACACUAAAGAGGAGGAGGCCAGCUCCGCCAAUUUUUGCACCAAGCAGAAUUUAAACAAGGAAAAGAAGGAGAUGGCCAAGAACACGGAAUAUAUGGGAGACUUCACCAGGCCGAACAGACCAUAUGGCCAGAGCAUGAAUCAAGGUCCACAAAAUAUCGUUGGAGGAUGGAGGAGUCAGCCGAAUGGAGGAUGGGAAAAUCAAAAUUUUGGAGGGAAUCAAUUCCGUCGACCACCCCAGAUGGGCUAUCAACAACAACAGUAUUUCCCACCACCGCAAGGGCCUUCUCAACCAUACCGACCACAAUACCAACAACAGCAAUCCAUUCCGCAACAGAAUGCGCCGUCGAUUCCACCACAAAAAUCCACGCUCGAAGAAACACUGCAAGCAUUUAUGGAGAUGAGCAAACAAAGUAUAGAGUCUCAAGCUUCUACGAUCAAAAGGCUCGAGACUACGGUUGGACAACUUUCCGGUACCUUGAAUCAAAUCCAACAGCAACAGCAACCCGGGAAGUUUCAUGGUCAACCUGCUCAGACGCAUCAAGCUCUUGCUGUAACUGUUCUUCGCAGUGGUAAGAUGGUGGAUAACAAAGUGGAGGUUCCUAAUUUGACCAGUGCAGAGCAGCCGAACUCUACCUUGACCAGCGCAGAGCAGCCAAGCUCUACCGUGACCAGAGCAGAGCUGCCGAGUUCUGUCCAGCCUAGACCAGAGUUGCCGAGCUUAGUGCUGACCAGACCGACUGAUGGAGAGACGGCAGACAAGCAAAAGGAAGGAGAGAAGGAGAAGGAGGUCAAGCUCCACAAAGCUACUGCACCAUAUCGACCACCGAUUCCUUUUCCGAACAGAUUGAGAAACGAGAAGCAGGACCGUCAGUUUGAAGAAUUCUACAACAUGUUGGCCAAGGUCCGUCAGGUAUCCCCGUGGUAUAGUAGAAGAUAUCCUAGUUAG